AUGGACCCCGACGCAAGCGUACCGGUCGACGAGCCAUCCGUCUUCAACUACAUCCUCUCCUUCCUCCUCGUCGGCGUAGCAUGGGGCUUCACAACGCCAUUCAUCCGACGCGCGGCAGCGGACUUUAACGCACGGCAGGAAGCACUCCAGAAACCACAGUCAUCGACGGUACCACAGACACAAUCAGCGCAGUCUACGGUGGAAGAGCACAAGCUACAGGAUCAAAGCCACCCCGCAACCAGCAGCUCAAAGAAUGGAGAUCAAAGCGAAGAGCAAGAGGAAGAGGAAUCGGAGUCAGGAGAGGAGGACCAGCCUCUCACGUCGAAUGCGCGAUCAAGAACAGCUGAAGGAAGUAGCACUGAUGUCCCGGCGUGGAUGAAACCAAAGUCGACAUCCUCAUGGCUCACGACCAAGAUCGUGACGGUCUUCUGGACAGUUGUCAAUCUCCUUCGCACGCCGGCGUAUUCCAUCCCGCUUGUGAUCAACCUUACGGGGAGUAUUUGGUUCUUUUUGUUAGUUGGGAAGCAUGAAUUGUCGCUAACCGUCCCAUUGGCGAAUUCGAGUGCAUUCCUCUUCACCGUCAUCGGAGAGUGGUAUGUUGAGCGCAAGGUCAUUGAUAAACAGACGUGGUUGGGGAUGGCGCUUGUCCUGGGCGGCAUUGGGAUCUGUGUGCACUCAAAGAACCAGAAUUGA